AUGAAUGCAAAUGCAAAUGCGAAAACAAAAGCAUUCGCAACAACUAACGUAACUACAAACACAAAUGCAACUUUCAUUGCAAACGCGAAUGCAAAUGUAAAUGCAAUCGCAAAUGAAAAUGCAAAUGCAAACGCGAAUGCAAAAGCAAGUGUGGAUGAGGAUGCAAAUGCAAACAAAAAUGCAAUGGCAAAUGUUAAUGCAAAUGUAAUCACAAACACGGAUGCAAAUGUAAAAGCAAGCGCAAAUGUCAAUACAAAUGUGAAUGCAAACGCAAGUGCAAAUGUUUAUGUAAAGUCUGACAGUGUAGAAGCAAUUAUAAAUGCAAAUGUGAAUGCAACCGCAAAUGCAAAUGCAAACGCAAAUGCAAAUAUAAAUGCAGACGCGAAUUCAAAUAUGUAUGCAAAUAAGAAUGUAAGUAAGAACGCAAAUGCAAAUGUAAAUACAAACGCAAUCGCAAAUGCAAAUGCAGAUAUAAAGGUGGCUGCACAUGUAAAUGCAAACGUAAAUGCAAAGGCGAACGCAAAUGUUAUUUUAAAUGCAAUUGCAAAUUCAAAUGUAAAUACGAGAGCGAAUGCAAAAGUAAUUGCACUGAAAAUACAAAUGCAUUUGCAACUGUUAUUGUCAAUGCAAACGCAAGUGCAAAUGUGGGUGUGCGAACGCAAAUGCAAAUGUAAACGCAAUAAUACAAAUGCAAACGCAAAUGAAAAUGUAGACGCAAACUUGACUGCAAACUUGAAUGCAACAGCUAAUGUAAUUGCAAAUGUAAAUGCAAACGCAAAUGCUACAACUAAUGCAUUCGCAACUGUUAUUGUAGAGGCGAACGCAAAUGCAAAUGUGGAUGCUAGAGCAAAUGCAAAUGCAAACGUAAAUAAGAACGCAAAUGCAAACGCAAAUGUUAAUGUAUUUGCAAACCCAAAUGCAAUUGUAAAUGCAAACGUAAAUGUAGAUGUGAUUACGAACGCAAAUACAAAUGCAAAUGCAGAUGUAAAAGCAAACGCUAAAGCAGAUGUAAAUGCAAACGCCAGUGCCUAUAUAAAGGCAGACGAAGGUGCUAAGCCAAAUGCAAAUACAGAUUUCAAUGCGAAUAAAUACGUAAGUGCGAACGCAAUUGCAAAUGUAAUUAAAAAACGCAAGCGCAAGCGCAAAUAUAUAAGUGCAAGCGCAAUCUCAAACGCAAAUGUAAAUACAAACACAAAUGCAAAUGUGAAUACAAACGCAAAAGCAAACUUGGGUGCAGUAGCAAGUGCAAAUGUAGAUGAAAACGCAAAUGCAAACACAAAUAUACGUAAAAACAAACGCAAGUGCCAAUACAAAUGCACAUGCAGAGACAAACGCAGAAGUAAAUGGGAACACAAACGCAAAUGCGAGAGCGAUCGCAAACGUGAGUGCAAAUGUUAA